AUGCAAGGAGGAGUGAGGCGCAAGAAUGAUUUGCUUCCCAGAUACCGUGGCCAAGGUGGGACAGGCGCCAAAAAGUCGUUCCUGACUACGCCAAUGAAGAAAGUGCUAAUCUACCUUGUGAUGCUGGCGAUGGUGUAUUUUUCAGCGCGGACUUUGCUCGAGACGCGGAACUCGAACCCUGGAUAUGAGCUGGAAAACGUGAAUUCUAACACCGUCUCCGGAGUGACUGACGACGGUGCGAUGGAGUCGCCGCAAGAUAUUGCGGACUCACAGGCUAUGAGCCCGCAAGGGGUGGUCCCUCCACAGGGCAAAAAGCCAGCAAACGCUAAGGUGCCGAAGGAAAAGUUCAACAACGAGGUUGCCAUGCAGCAAGAGGUGAAAAACCUCGAGCGCGAGCAAGACUACCAGAAAAAGAAGUCUACGCCCAUCGAAGGUAAGCAAGAGGUUGGCAACGAUGUCAAGGCCGUAAAGCAGCAGGCUGAAACGAAAGACCAGCUUCCAGUCGACGAGCAAGCCAAGAUGAUCAACGAUAAGGCGCCUUACAAGAAAACAGAUAGCGCAAAAUAG